AUGAACAAGGCGUUCAUUUGGUUGUGCUUUCUGCAUUUGGCCUUUGCCCGUGGUGGACUCUUCGGCCAGUGCAGUGAUCUCCAAACUACCAAAAGCAAUGUGUCAGUGAGCAGGGCCCAAGCCCUGCAGACCGUCGACACAGCUCCUUCAAACCAAGGCAGACAGAGACCACUGUUUGCGAGGAGGGGACAGUAUGAACGACAAAGGGUUCAAGCGUUGAAGCCCAAGGUGGUCCCUGUUCCUCCAAAUAAAAUGUCAAAAUCUUCCAAAGUACGACGCAAACCUAUGAAGGACAAUUGCUCUCAGCUUAAACAAAGCUGUUUGCCGCUGUCCCGCUGCUGUGACACCAACGCCACAUGCCACUGCCGCUUCUUCAACGCUAUCUGCUUCUGCCGGAGGACCAAAUCGUAG